GCCAUGCAGAAUGACAAAGGAAAAAUUACCUUGUACAAUCUGUUUUUUUAAAGAUCUGGAUGCUGCCAUCAUUUAUGAGUGUGUGAUUGUUAACAUGUCAUUUAAAACUUCUUUGUGGUGUGAAUGUGGCAUCAAAUGUAGGUUAGGUCCUGCCUCCCACUUUCCCAUCCCCCUUCCCCCCUCAUUUUUUUCAUUCUCCUUUCUUUUUGUACUGUUACUUUUGUUUUGUUUUUUGUUCUUCAUUUAAAGGACAGAGACAUGCUUCGCUCAACUGGUAUUUUUUUUGGAUAAACACUCAGCUGGUAAUUGAUGUUUUCUUUUUGAUAUCACUGUAUUGUAAAUCCCCUAUUAUGCCUCUUUUGUUGUCUUUCUUAUUUAUUGGGUGUGGAUGACGCAAGUAGACAGCUUAGACCAGUUCAAUUCUUAAUGUUGUUUGAGCUUGGUGAGUUAGUUAGUUAAUGAUAUUAUUAUUAUCUCUUUACUUGUCUUCCUGUUUUCCUGUUCCUGGUUUUGAUGAUCUUUCAUAUUUGUUGCAGCUUUCUGUGAGGAACUGUUUCAUUAGAGGAUUAGUUGUGAGAUAUGUUCAACUACCACCCGAAGGAGUGGAUGUCAAAUUACUUCAUGACGCCGCAAGAAGAGAAGCUCGAGGCGGCUGAAAUUGAUAGGUCGACCUUUUCACUUUCAGCGUAUUGUAAUGAACAUCAAAACAUCUGCAUUAAAUGCUUUAGCUUGUUGCGGUUUUUUCUUCAGACCAAACCUUAUCUUGACAUUGCUGAUUGCUGUUUGUAUGCGACAAUUUAAUGAAAAAAAUUUUCAUUG